CGCCGGCCUGCAGGGACGGGGUUGCCAUGGCCGCUUUAAAAGGCAGAACCGUGGAGGUGCCGGUUCCUAGGGAAAACCAAUGAGAAGUCUCCGCCCCUCCCAUUGCUGCCUGAGGUCAAAGGGCUUCUUUGUACUGAGGCCUUAGCAGUGAGCCCCCGGACUCCGGGUGGGCUGUGCUUGUUCCGCUGCCCGCAUGGCCUUGAGAGGCGCCUCCGCGCGGCUGCUGAGCCGCCGUCCCGGCCUGCGAGUUCUGCGCUUGUGGGGCUCGGCGGCGGCGCCUACAGAAAAGAACGGGAAGACACAGAACCGACCGGCCAAAUCCUCGCGUCCAGAGUUUGACUGGCGGGACCCGCUUGUUCUAGAGGAGCAGCUGACAGCAGAUGAAAUCCUCAUCAGGGACACCUUCCGGACCUACUGCCAGGAGCGCCUGAUGCCCCUUAUCCUGCUGGCCAAUCGCAAAGAAGUUUUUCAUCGGGAGAUCAUCUCAGAGAUGGGGGAACUGGGCGUGCUGGGGCCCACCAUCAAAGGAUAUGGCUGUGCUGGGGUUUCAUCUGUGGCUUAUGGGCUCCUGGCCCGAGAGCUGGAGCGGGUGGACAGUGGCUACAGGUCUGCAGUGAGCGUCCAGUCCUCACUCGUCAUGCACCCUAUCUACACCUACGGCAGUGAGGAGCAACGGCAGAAGUACUUGCCCCGGCUGGCCAAGGGGGAGCUCCUGGGCUGCUUUGGGCUCACAGAGCCCAACCAUGGGAGUGAUCCUGGCAGCAUGGAGGCCAGAGCCCGCCACAACCCAUCCAGCAAGAGCUAUACCCUUAAUGGGGCCAAGACUUGGAUCACCAACUCGCCUGUGGCCGACCUCUUCGUGGUGUGGGCUCGGUGUGAAGAUAGCCGCAUUCGGGGCUUCCUCCUGGAGAAAGGGAUGCAGGGCCUCUCGGCCCCCAAGAUUGAGGGCAAGUUCUCCCUGCGGGCCUCGGCCACCGGCAUGAUCAUCAUGGAUGGUGUGGAGGUGCCAGAGGAGAAUGUGCUGCCCAAUGCAUCUGGCCUGGGGAGUGCCUUUGGCUGUCUAAACAACGCACGGUAUGGCAUCACGUGGGGUGUGCUUGGAGCUGCUGAGUUCUGUUUGCACACGGCCCGGCAGUAUACCAUGGACAGGAUCCAGUUUGGUGUCCCAUUAGCGAGGAACCAACUGAUCCAGAAGAAACUGGCAGACAUGCUCACUGAGAUCACACUGGGUCUUCAUGCCUGCCUGCAGCUUGGCCGCUUGAAGGAUCAAGACAAGGACACUCCAGAGAUGGUCUCUCUGCUGAAGAGGAAUAACUGUGGGAAAGCCCUAGACAUCGCCCGCCAGGCUCGAGACAUGCUGGGGGGUAAUGGGAUUUCUGAUGAGUACCAUGUGAUUCGACACACCAUGAACUUGGAGGCAGUGAACACCUAUGAAGGUACACAUGACAUUCACGCGCUGAUUCUGGGAAGGGCAAUCACAGGAAUUCAGGCAUUCACAGCUGGCAAAUGAACACACUUCACCAGGGGCCUGGAGACUUCUGAAGCCCCUUUCCAGAGAGACGCCUGGGGGACGCUGUGCUAUGAGUACUGUCAGAGAGGUGGGGGAUAGCCCUGAACUUUCAAAAGGAACCAACUUUUUAUGGUGGGAAAUGAGGGAUUGCUGACCUUUAAAUAUCAAAAUUUCCCUUUUUAAGUCAUUCAAAUGUACUGCUUAAAAAGAAGAUGGACUUCUCUGUACAGAGAUUCUCAGUCCAUUUUUAUCUGAAUGACAGUGACCCCAUUUGCCUUGGAAAAGAAGCUUCACUUGAGGGGGAGUAGGAGAGAGAACGAAAAUGACAUUUGAAGCAACCUAACGUCUGACAAAGCAAACCCCCGCACACCAGGAGUUUACUCUGUGCCCUCUGACCCUCCCUUUUCUGAGGGGUAGGGCCUUACGCUGGGUGUGGAGCAGAACAAGAGUAAGAGAGAAUAAUAAAGCAUCUGCAAGUCCAACCCCCCACUGUCAGGCCACCUUUACUUGUAACCACCUGAGAAGUAGUUUCAGACAAAACAGAAACCAGCAGGUCUGGGAACUAUGGGUCACUGGGACGCGGUGCGGUUUUUCCCCUAGAGCAGUCAGGCCCGUGUGCAAGCCUUACAGCUCUCCUGUAAUAAAUAACCCUGGACUAGGCACUGCUUUGUCAGGGCUGUAGGGCUAGAGGCAGAGGGAUGGUCUCUGCCUGGCAGGUGCAAGGGACUCUGUCCUUUCGGUUACCACCACUAUAGUUAGCUCCUUGGCGUGUCAGUGCAGAUGCAUCCUAUUACAGGGAGCACAAGACCACAAAUGAGAGGGCAGGAGUACAGACUGCAGGCCUUUGCACUUCUCGUUGCCCCUGUGGGGUUUAGGGUUGGUGCCAGAGCUGACUUCUGGUUUCUGUUCACAUUUACUUUCAGCUUAGCUGCUACAGCCUUCCUCCUCAGGCAGUCUUCCCCGCCCCAGUGCCCCCCACAACCUCAGUCCUACCUCAGACUGGACACACAAGUCUUUGUACACGGUCUCCACGGUGUGGCAGACUUGUUUGAGCUCUGUUUCCAAAUGGCUGAUCUUUGCCAUUUUCUGAGUGAACUCUUGCAGCUUUUCCUGAAUAAUCGCGUUGUGGUGAUUAUAAAUCUGAUACAUCCUCUCUUCUAACUUCUCUGUCAGAUCCGAAACCUUUUCAAGGAUAAGACAUAUUCUUGAAAAGUCAAACAAGGCAAAAUAAAACAUUUGUUCUAAGUGGACCUUUUAGA